UUUGUGGAGCCUAGUGUUUUAUGUGCAAUGUAUGCAUGUAAAAUGGGGAAACUCAACUGUUUUAUGUAUUCAGUUCAGCAUGGAGUGAUCUCGUUUCUUAAAGGUGCGAUUUUUGACGUGUUGGGUAAUUCCAGAUUAUCAACGGUUUCCCCUCUAAAUCUGGGGAAUCAAAAGGACAAAACUAAGGUGAAAGAACUGCAUUAUCGCACUAAGAGUAGUGUAUACAACCAGAUACCUUGGAAGUUGGCGGAAGAUGGUGAUUACCGCCAAAGUUUAGGCCUCAUACUUGGGAAUAAGAUGCCGCACUGUAUUAGCUACAGUGGUAUACUUAAGAAUUUGAUGCCUAGCAAUGGUACUCGACCAUGCAUGCACGCAGGGUGGACUACUUGUUUGAAAGACGUUCUUAGUAGCUUCAGCACUGAUCAAUUAUGGGUGGAAACCCUCUGUAGCAAGUUGCCUAGCAAAAUGGAAAUGGGUCAAAUGUUGGUUGCAAUUAUACUAAGAGUGACGGAUUCAUUAGUGGGUUUUAAAGAGCAAGGCUUAUAUAUUAAAAGAAUAGAUGCUGAGAAGAUCGUGUUCCAUGAGUACGACAAGAAUUAUAGGUAUCCCGAGCUAAAGGAUUGCGAAAUUUGGACAGACGAUGAGUCUCAGGACACAGGAUUUGAAUCUUUAGCAGAACUUAUUGAGUCAAUCAAGGGGUUUAUCCCAGGCAGGAUGGGGCCAAAUAUCAAUUCAUUUCUGAAAUGCUUACGCGGAAACAGUGUUUUUAGUUCUUAUUGUAAGAAAAUGAUGGAUGAAAAGAAAUGGAGACACCUUCUUGCCCAUCCAAAUUUCAUGGACCCACAAGAAAAAGUUGAUAACUUGGUCGCAAUAAGAUACAACCUACGGGGAUCCAUGGGUAAAAAUUGUAAAAUUACAAUGGCCGAACUUGGGUGGAAUCAGUGGCAGCCCCAAUUUCUGACUGGGAACAUUUCGUUACAGAAGCUACUGCUCCAGAUUGCAUCCGUACACACUUUUAUGAUGCACGUGCUGGGAAAGUGAAAGAUGCAGGUGGAAGGCCUGUAAUUACAAACUAUGAUACAAAAAAGCCAGUAGAUCUCAUCAGACUCUUGAGACAUACAUACGAGCACGUCAACGAUAUUGCACAGGGUAGCCAGAUUUCUAAUAGAAGAUUCGGAAGUUGGAUUGAUACUGUGGCCCCUGGGCUGCUUCCUGUGCACUUCGAAAAGCAUGGUAGUCUCAAGGAUCGGUAUGAGACAAUAGAAAGUACUUGGAACUGAAUUGAAGAUGUUUGGAUUUAUUGCCAUGCUCGAGGCCAAACAUUCUAGAGCAAACCAAUGCGAAGCUACCGGAAAAAGAGUCCUCUUCUAUCCUCAAAAAGACCAAAUGCAAGAAACUUAAUGAAAUAUGUAGGAUGAAAACAGAAAAUGAAGAACUUGUUUUAUCUUCCUUCUGAAACAGAGUUAGUUUCCAUGUUUUGUUUUAUUUAUUUAGAAUAUUCAAAUCACGGGCCUUUUCUUGGUUGCUUGAUAGAGU